AGUUGGUCCUGUGCCGUCAUGACGUCACGCUCUUUGCGGAAGUAAACACUGCCCGCUUCACGUGGAGCGAAAAAUGGCACCGAUGCUGGAACGUUUUGUAAGCCCAGGAAAAGGUAACGGUUUACAGGCAAAAACAAAGAUCAGGAGAGGGGUUCUGAUUACCUCAACCGAGCCCCUGGCGUACUGUGUUUCUAACAAAUGGGCCAGAGAGGUCUGCCAUCACUGCUUUACCCGAUGUGAGACCUUGUUGAGGUGUUCUCAGUGUAAGACGGCUCGUUACUGCAAUGCUGCUUGUCAGAAACAAGCAUGGCCUGGUCAUAAGAAAGAGUGUAGAUGUCUGUGCAACCUCCUACCCAGACGUCCGACUGAUUCUGUGCGCCUUUCUGCAAGACUCAUUUUUACCCUGUUGAACCCUCCGCAGAGCAAUAGUGAGGAGCUCUACAGUAUUGAUGAGCAUAAAUCACAUCUGGAUUUGAUGCCUGAACAGAAGAAGGAGGGUCUAUCUGAACUGGCAGCCAUGUUGGAGCUGUACAUGCAAAAAGAAAUUCCUGAUCUGAAACAGAGAAUGACAUCAGAGCUGCCGCUUUCCUGUAGAGAGACUCUCAGCAUCAUUGCAAAGGUGACAUGUAAUUGUUUCACCAUCAGUGAUGGAGAGCUACAGGAGCUAGGAGUGGGGCUGUAUCCAAGUUUAUCUCUGUUAAACCAUGACUGCCGGCCCAACUGUGUGAUGGUCUUUAGGGGGACAGAACUGCAGCUCAGAGCUGUGCAGGAUAUUAACCCAGGAGAGGAGCUGACGAUAAGUUACAUCGAGACUUUGUCUGUGACUGAAGAUCGGCAGAAGCAGCUGGAGGACCAGUAUCAUUUCACCUGCCAAUGCCAACGCUGCAGCUCAAGGGACCAGGAUGGAGUCAUGCUGUCAGGGAGGGAAGACGCCUGGCGCCAGCUGAAGGAAGCCCUGUCAAGGCUGGAAGGACUGCAGUCAGAGUCCAAUUGGCGAGAACUUUUAGAGAGCUGCAGUGAUUUGUUGACUAAUGUUGGUGAGGAAGUCCCCGAUGAAAAUCUCUAUAAGCUCAAGAUUACUGAUAUGGCUUUGGAUGCUUCUGUUCAUCUGGGGCGAUGGGAGGAGGCUUUGUCGUUCGGGGUGAAGACACUUCCAGCUUACAGACUGUACUACCCGGAUCCUCACCCGGUCCAUGGACUCCAGCUGAUGAGAGUGGGAAAACUGCAGCAUCACCUGGGAUGCAUUGAGGAUGCUUUGGGCUCAUUCAAAGAGGCCUUUAAAAUCUUGAAGUUGACUCAUGGUGAAGAUCACCCUCUGACAGCUGACCUGAUGAUGAAGAUGGAGGAAUGUCGUAGUGAAAUGGAUCUUCAACCAUCCAGCUAAACUUUAGCAGAAAUGGUCAAGCAGAUGUUAAAAGCUUCUAACACCCUAAAUGUCUUGUUCUUACGUAGACAUUAGCUUUUAUAUGGCUGACUUUUGAGUUCUACUGUCUUAAAUAAACGAAAACUCUUUUGCAAAGGAAUACCUGAACACUGUUUCACUUUUAAUACUUAUGAGUUUGACCAGAGCCGUCUUAUUUUAAUUUAAAUAUUGUCUUUUGAGCUGCAGGUCAACAUGCUCACCUCAGCCACUCAUUUAGCUUAGACUCUUUUCACACAAGAUUACUAGUUAGUUCUAGUUCACAUUAGUGGCUGUCAAUAUUCAGUCUUUCGUAAACUUAUGUUUCCUGUUAAUGUUUCUCACGGUUUUAUUUUCUUUAAAAAAGGAUGAAUAGAUUUGUCAUCCUAGCUUUCUCACCAAAUUAUAUUUUCACAUAUUUUCUUCCAGCCUGGAGCGUCAAGAAUGUCUUAUUCCAUGAGAACAGAUAUGGAAGCAGCUUUUUUGUAACAGCAUUACAUUUUUGAUUUUUUUUUUAUAUUCAGAAAAGUUUAAUUAAAGGAAAGCAGAAACAAA